CUUGUAAAGAUUAUUACAUUAGUCAUCAUCCGUCGUACUUAUUGCGUCGUCCCGCGUUGCCUGUCAGUAUUUUUACUUUCGUCUGAAGAUAGUUCCUAUCUAUUUCGCGUGUACUUGUGCACCAUUCGACGAUGUACGUGAGGAGUUGGUAGUUUGUCGUAGUACGAUCGCCUCGAAUGGCCGUACUUGCCUUUCUUGUGUUCAGUAUUGGCGACGAUCUGCUCGCGUACGGAAGCACAUUGGCUGAGGGUCGCUGCGGUUCGUUGAAGGAAUGCUGGUCGCAGUUGGCCGUGACCCGAAAGGAACGUCAGUUUGAAGCCCUGCUGAAGCGACACUACCCGCCGGACGCUAGCAACGAGGAAUCCCUUUCGACACCCGCGGCCGACGAUCCGGAAAGUGAACCGGAAAUGUCUUCGGAAUCUAUAGAUAGCUGUGACUUCGCCUACCAGGAAGCAUUUUCUCCUGGGUCGGUUAGCCUGGACAAGAGCUCAUCGACCGAAGUGGUGUACACGGUGGAAAACAUCACCGAGGUAUCGCCGGGGCUGUGUUUCGCCGUGACGGGCACAAUUCUGCUCACCUGUGAACGAUUUUCCGUCAAUCUGCUGCUGAAAAAUGGUGACAUCGCGCUUCACUUCAACCCGCGCCUACCCCAGAACUACAUCGUGCGCAACUGCCGCGUAAAGGGAUGCUGGGGCAAGGAGGAGGUCGCCUCGCCGCUCUCCUUUAACCUCCACCGUGGGCAGCGUUUCAACGUGCAGGUGCUGGUGACCGAGCGGGAGUUUCUUAUCUGCGUGAAUGGGCGUCACUUCAACGCGUUCAAGCACCGUCUGCCGUACAAGAAGAUCACCACCCUGGAGGUGAAAGGGGACGUGCGGGAUGUUGCCGUAGAUCAGUGCUAUAUGGAGUACUAUCCGCAGCUAGAGCUUGAGCUUAUCCGACAGCGGACCCCGGAGGCCCAGCAGAUCGACCACGAUGCGCUUUCGCUCGUACCCCGCUCACUGCCGGAAGCCGAUGGCAAACCGAUGCCCUACACGGGCGUCCUCCAGGAGCCGUUUACCGAGGGCAAAAAGCUUCACCUGUACGGCCGGGUUAAGCUGCUGCCCCACUCGUUCUACGUGAACCUGCAGAGCAGCGCGUACGUGUGGCCCCAUCCGAACAUUCAGUUCCAUCUGAACCCGCGCUUCGGAAGUGUCGGCGGACGGCACGUCAUCUGCCGGAACUCGUGGAUGAACGGCAAGUGGGAGCGUGAGGAGCGGUCGGAAAAUAUGACCGACUUCAUGCCCGGCAAGCCGUUCCACCUACAGAUUGCCUGCACGGAUACCAGCUAUCAGGUGUCGCUGAAUGGGAAGCUCAUAGCGGAGUUUGUGUUCCGUGAUAAUCCGCGCACGGUUGAAGCCGUCUACAUUCAGGGCGACAUCAAAGUAUUCGAUGUUGUCGUUGAGACUGCCUACUAGAUGCAAUGCAACAAAAGCAAGCUCAACUCGAACAGCAACAAUACGCGGAAACCUUAAGUCUGUUAGCGGUGAGGUAGAAAAGAAGGAAGCUUUGCGUACGAUUCCAAAGAUUCCAUCCCCUAUUUAGAAGGAUGAACGUGCGCCGUUUUGCUCGCUCAUGCGAUAUACAAUACUAGUUGUAGAAGCCAUAGAAGGGCAGCUGUUUGGUGCUCUUUUAGUGUGUCAACCAACGGAGGCCAAGUUAACUAUUAGAAAGAGUUGAAGUGGUUCGACAUGUGUUAGUUUUUAUUACUUACUGUUUUUUCUCCCCCCAUUUAGGAAGCUUUUGCUUUUCAACCCCUUUGCUUGUUUAUGAAAUUCGUGCAAUUAAUCGAUACCAAAAUGCAGUACAAUAAAGUGUUACUGUUAAA